UAUGUUAACAGCGCCAUGAAAACAACAAAUUUCAAUGUCGGCUUACUGGGGCACGUUGAUUGCGGCAAAACAACAUUGGCGCGCGCCCUCAGCUCCAUUUCGAGCACGGCGGCCUUCGACAAGAAUCCGCAAUCAGUAGAAAGAGGAAUAACACUUGACCUGGGUUUCAGUGCAUUUCUAUGGGAGAAACCACAAAAAGAACAACAGCAACAACAACUGCAAAUCACCUUUGUGGAUUGUCCUGGCCAUGCCAGCCUCAUAAGAACCAUCAUCGGAGGUGCGCAAAUAAUUGAUUUAAUGCUGCUCGUUGUGGAUGCCCAGAAAGGCAUCCAGACUCAGACAGCGGAAUGUUUACUGAUUGGCGAGCUGCUCGACAAGCAGCUCCUGGUGGUGAUCAACAAGUUGGAUGCGCUGCCCGCGGAGCAGCGGGAAUCGCAGCUGGAGAAGCUACGCGCCAGAUUGAGAAAAACACUGGCGAGCACCAAGUUCGGCAAGGAGGUGCCCAUUUACACUGUGUCCGCAUUGGUAGGCACCAAUAUUGAGCAACUGCGUCUGGCGUUGGGCGCAGCUUGCGAAGCAUCACAGCGGCAAUUAAGCCCAGCAGCAGGAGCAGCACCACUGCUCAUCUAUGUGGAUCACUGUUUUGCCAUCAAGGGUCAGGGCACUGUCUGCACUGGCACUGUGCUCCAGGGCACUGUGGCCAUCAAUGACACCGUGGAACUGCCCAUGCUGGGUGAACGACGCAAAGUGAAAUCCAUACAGAGAUUCAGGCAGCCGGUGGAUGAAGCCAGCGCAGGCGAUCGCAUUGGAUUGUGUGUGACGCAGUUCAAUGCGAAGCUGAUGGAACGCGGCAUUAUAGCCCAGCCGGAUUACCUGAAGCCCGUCCAUGCCGUGUGUGUCCAGCUGCAGCCGAUUCGUUAUUUUAAGCACCCAAUCCGCUCGAGAAGUAAGCUGCACAUCAGCGUUGGACACGACACAGUCAUGGCGAAUCUCCACCUGUUCAGAGAUGAGGCAACUCAACUGUCCAGCUUUGAUUUGAGCAGGGAAUAUGAGCACGUGGAAGAGUUGUUGCCUCAGCAGGCAAUGGAUUCCGGUGCGGAUUGCAUUUUUGCCCUGCUGCAAUUUGAAUCGCCUGUGCUGAGCACUUUGGGCAGCACACUGAUUGCCUCCAAGCUGGACAUGGAUGUGCACAGCAGCAGUUGCCGCUUGGCCUUCUGGGGUCGCAUCCUGUGGCAGACGCACUGCAUUAACUACAAGCGGGAGCUAUUGCCACAGUUGCGCAUCUUUAAGCACAAACAUAAGGAGAGCAAUGUGCAGCGUGUGGUUAAUCCCAACGAGAUCAUUGUCCAGAAUCUCUUUAAGAAGGAGGCGAAUCGUGACAUCUACGUGGGCAAACGGGUGCAGCUCUCCACUGGAGAAACGGGUCACAUCGAACGCACUUUCGGGCAAUCUUCCAAGGUAUGCAUCCUGUUCAGGGAUGGAUUGAGGCAGGAGACGCUCGAGCAGCUUAAGUCGGAGCGAGCGAAGGAGGUGCGAGUGCUGCUGAAUUGCAAGAAGUAUAUUUUCAAUAAACAAGCCGGACUCUUUCAAUAAUACAUUUUCAUUAUU